GUAGCCCAGGUAAUGUCCCGUAACAGAUUUGAAAAGAUCACAAGCCACCUGCAUUUUUUCGAUAAUGAAGCGGCCAACGACAAAGUAAAAGAAGACGAAUGCUGGAAAGUGCGCCCAUGGCUCAGUUCCUUGAGCAGCAACAUGGUUGUCUUGCCCCAAGAAAAAAAAUCUGCAGUGGACGAAAUCUUGAUCCCUUUCUGUGGGCGGUGUUACAUUCGUCAGUACAUGCCUAAUAAACCAAAAAGUAAAUGGGGUCUAAAACUUUGGGCACGUUCUGGGGAAUCAGGUCUGUGUUAUGAUUUCGAUGUCUACCAGCGCUGCAACAAAGGUUUUUAUGGCAGCCAGGGUGGCUACCAGCUUGGGUUGGGAGCUGGCGUCGUGCUCCAGCUGUGUUCCAGCCUACCGAAGCGAGACGACAACCUAGUUGUCGCUGAUAACUUCUUCACAGGCCCUCAGCUUGUAGAGGAGCUUUCAAGAAUGGGAAUUUCCUAUAUUGGUAUGGUUCGUGAAAACAGACUCAGCUGCAGCAAGUUGAUGGAUGAGAAAUCGAAAAAGCGAGGUCGGGACACCUGUGAUACUUUAGUCACUUCAUGUGACCAAAAGACAAUGGUGGCAGUGAAGUGGCAUGACAACCGCACUGUUACUCUUCUUUCGAACUGCAUUGGUGCUGACCCGCUUACAUCAGUCAAAAGGUGGGACAGCAAGGAGAAAAAGCAUAUUUUUGUCGAUUGUCCAGCGAUCAUUUCUUCCUACAACAGAUCAAUGGGCGGCGUGAAUCUUCUAGACAAAAUGUGCUUCUCCUAUCGCUUUUCUAUCAGGUCUAAAUGCUGGUAUAUGUAUUUGUUUUGGCACACGCUCAAAAUAGCAGCUGUUAAUGCAUGGUUCAUGCACAAGAGAAUUCUCCAGCAGCACAAACUGCCGCCUACACCCUUGAGAGAAUUCCUCUCUGAGCUCGCAACGAGUCUGAUCUUGCUCAACAAACGACCACCAGGGCGCCCUUCGAUUCAGAAUGUCACACCAUUCAAGAAAGUGUGCCUAAAUGUCUCCCGGGAUGUCAGAAGAGACAGCAACGAGCACUGGCCCACAUGGAAUGCAAAACUGAACCGCUGCAAGGCAUGCCCAGGAGGGUACACCUGUGUUUCGUGUGCCAAGUGUAAGGUGAUGUGUAUCAACAAAGACCGUAACCGUUUUGUUAGUUUUCACCAAUAGGCGCCAAACAGCUAUGCUUGUAUUGUGCUUUCUUCAAUUUGAAAAUUCGCCAAAAUUAUUGGUAGCAAUAAAAAGUUUCUUUCA